GGCCUAUGCUGUUUGCUGAUGAUUAAUAAUAUUCCUGAGUUUUGGUUAUAAAAAAAACCCUUUUUUUCUUUUAAAUAAUUUUCUUAAGGAAGAAUUUUUUGAGCUCCAUGAUUGCUAUCUCCCUCUAUCUGUUUCGAUAUCCAAUCAAAACUGAACCUACCUGAAAACCAACUAAAACUAACAGCUUUAAAUUUUUUUUCCUUAUUCCAAGCAAAGCUUGAGAAUUUCCUUUGCCUGCUACGUUAUCCACAUGUGUGAUGGAAUUUGAUUUGCACACCUAUCAACAACCCUUUUUUCGGUUUGGUUGGUAUAUACCCAUGAUAGUUUUAAACCGGUAGAGAAGAUAAGUGAAGUGAGAUGAAGAUAAUGGCAACAAGUAACAACAAAUGGAGAUUAACAAAAUUCCCAUUCCUCACCACUACCAGGAAGAGAGUCGAAACUGUAAUGCUAUGCAAUUGCAAAGCCAACAUGUUAAUGCUUAACUCAAAGAAAGCAAAUUUAUGUGCUGCGAAAAAGGAAAGAAUUCAACUGCCAAUAAGUGAUGAUGGAUAUCGUAUAAGUGAAUUUCUAAGUCAUCCUUUUGGAAUUCAAGCUAUGUUAAACACAAAGACACUGGAAAAUUUUGAACCCAUUGAUGCCAACACAUAUAGGUGCUUUCUUCCAAAGGUUCAACUGCUAAAUUUUGAAGCAGCUCCUGUUCUGGACUUAAGAGUCACCCCUACAGAAGAAGAUUGUACUGUUGAGAUGCUUUCUUGCAAGUUUCAAGGUUCAGAGAUCAUGGAACGCCAAAAUGAGUAUUUUUCAGCUUUCAUGAUGAAUCGCUUGACGUGGAGCACAAAUGAAUCUAAACCAUUUUUGGAGGCUGAUAUGAAGUUGAAUGUCACACUUGAGAUUUACACAGCACCCUUUACUUUGCUGCCAGCGUCUGCUGUAGAGGGUCCUGGAAAUUUAAUGAUGCAAGCUCUAGUGGAUAGGCUGAUAAAAUUGCUUCUGAAGCAACUAAUGCAAGACUACUACGAAUGGGAAAAUCAGCAAAUGUAAAAAUGUUCUGUGAAUUUUCUUCAUGAUGGUUGCAUAUUGAGGAUUGAAGCCUUCAGUUUUUCUGGUUGAAAGGGAAAAUCUUCCUCCCAAACUCUUUAACGGCUUUUUAUAUAGCUACUAUAGAAAAUUAACCUAAGGCCUCAGUUCAUGAUUAUUUAUCAGUAGCCUCAGCAAUGCCCUACUUGUGGGUCUUGUUUUUACAUGUAGAGACAUUGCUGUAAUCCCCUUAUUAUGUAUCUUAAUGAAACCUACAGCUGAAACUAAAAUCAGCAACAGUGUGAUUGAUGCUUC